AGGACAGGAGGAAGGCUGGUCUGAGAGCAAAACGGAUCGGCAGCUCCAUCUGCAUGCAGCGACCAAACCUGCAGCAAACGCGCAUUCACCCAGUCAUCAAAUUCUAAGCAGCAGUCAGUGCGUCGCUGUACAACCUGCGAAAUAGACUGAGCUCUCCUUUGCGCUUCAGACCUCCUGCCAGCACAGAUUUCACAAUUGCUCUGGACACGGAUUCAUCGACUUUUUGGCUGCUUUUGUAUUUAGAACUGAUUUGCACAAUUGUUUUUUCUCAGUAAGGUAUUUUGAAGAAACUGUAAUAUAAGGCUAUACCGUAAACUAUAACAUAUUUCAGUCAUUAGACAUAACUGUACAUAAGUGGUGACGACUGUUACCACUUUGGUGCACGCGAUACCCCUGUGCGUGAACAGGUGUAUUAUAGUUUAAUUGCCUGCACGGGGUAGAAUGUUGCCUUUCCAUGGAUUUUCACUGAUGCCCAAAAGUGGAAGUCGGAAUACUCAAGGCUGAUAUGUUACGGUGUCAAAAUGGAUGUAAAGUUUCCCAAUAAAGGUGGAAUGUGACACUAGUGUAUCCUUACUCCAUCCUGGAACACACCUAACCAAGCUCUCCUCCCUGGAACUAUGGAUGCCUGGCCUCUCCUCCCGUCGCCCCCCAACCUUUCCCUGGCAGAUUCCCUGUACUACGACAGCUACUUCCCAGGGAACGAAUCUGACCUGGGUUCCCGGAACGACACUCCGGAUGAGAUCCAUCACGGCUUUGACAAGACCAGCUCUGUGGUCAUCACCUUCAUCUACUUCACAGUCUGCGCCGUGGGGCUGACCGGAAACGCCUUGGUGAUCUACGUCAUCCUCCGCUACGCCAAGAUGAAGACAGUCACUAACAUCUACAUUCUGAACCUGGCCGUGGCGGACGUCCUCUGCAUGCUGAGUCUGCCGUUCAUUGCCGUCCAGCUGGCCCUGGUCCGUUGGCCCUUUGGCUCGGUGCUCUGUCGCCUGGUCAUGACUGCGGACUCUCUGAACCAGUUCACCAGCAUCUUCUGCCUCACAGUCAUGAGCAUUGACCGCUACCUGGCUGUGGUCCACCCCAUAAAGUCCACUAAGUGGCGGAAGCCGCGCGUGGCUAAGAUCAUCAAUCUGACCGUGUGGGGAGUGUCACUGCUGGUCAACCUACCAAUUAUGAUCUUCAGUGGUCUGACGCCCAAUAGGAACCAUGCGUGGGUGUGCACUAUAGUUUGGCCGGAGCCACAGGAAGCCUAUCGGACGGCGUUCAUGUUCUACACCUUCUUCCUGGGCUUCUUCCUGCCGCUCACUGUGAUCUGCCUCUGUUAUCUGCUCAUCAUCAUCAAGGUGAAGUCGUCGGGCAUGCGUGUGGGCUCCACGAAGCGGAAGCGCUCAGAAAGGAAGGUGACCAGGAUGGUGUCCUUCGUAGUGGCCAUGUUCGUCCUCUGUUGGCUGCCCUUCUACGUGUUCAACGUCACGUCCGUGAUUGGCACCAUCAAGACCACGUCCGUCCUCAAGAGCACCUUCGAGUUCGUGGUGGUGCUGGGCUACGCCAACAGCUGCGCCAACCCCAUCCUGUACGCCUUCCUGUCGGACAACUUCAAGAAGAGCUUCCAGAACGUCCUGUGCUUGAAGAGGGUGUCAGGGCUGGACGAAGUGGAGCGCAGCGAAAGUCGCAUGGACCGGACCCGUACGGUCAACGACGCCACGGCGGAAACACACAACGCCGCACUGCUCAAUGGCGAGCUACAGACCAGUAUCUGAGCCUUUUCAGGGUGUUUGAGGAACUGUGUGUGUGUGUGUGUGUGUGAGGCUUUCUUUGUUUGUGUAGGUGUCAACUCACCCCCAGUAAUAACUAUUCUGAGGUUGCAUUGGAGCUCCUUGACUGUUUCUUCUCUCUGAGCAGAUGGAUAGUUUUAUGCCCACUAGACGGGUGUGUGAAAACGUUAGAUGAAUUACUCAGACUCUUCUUUAAUCUCCAAGACAGUGGUUGAAACACCCAGGAGAGCAAUACUGUCAGUUACAUCACACCUGUCAAGAACCGUGUCAGAAAACAGAGAAAAUGAUUGAACUGCAGAAGAGGAAAUGAUGUCUCUCUGUUAUAUUAAUACUGAUUGAUUUGUAUGAUGUUGAGAGCCGGAUAGGAGAAAGAACAAUUCUAAUUUAAAAAAACUGCUUGUUUAUUGAUGAGCAAGAAGUCAGUCGCCUAGUCAGUUGACUGAACCUGGAGAACUUUGGAAUGUGCAGUACAACCACGAUCACUGACCUGAAAAAGAUUGCCUUCGUAAAGAUUCACACUUGAUGUUGGUUUUGUACAUAGACAUGGUUAUCUGUGAUGCUUUCUGUGUGUUUGAUACACUUGUGAACCCCAGUUUAGCUUAGAUCACACAACUUGGUUCCUGUCUGUUCAAACAUUCAUCUGUAGACAGUCAUUACUUCUUGAUUUAAAUUGGUUGUUGUCUUUAGAUUCUAGCACGGCCAAUUGCGGGGAGAGUACGAGAGCUUGUGUGUGAAUGAUAUAGUGGAGUGAUGGCAGCGAUGAGAAUUUGCUUAGUAUAUGUGCAUUGUUCUUUGAACUACUGUGCCAUUUACCAUGAUAUAUAUCUCCAUCAUGUCAGAGAUAUAUUUGCACCGACUGUUUUUGAACCCAAGCUUGGGGGAAAUUGUCUAUUACUCCCAAACAGUGUCAGAUUGCAUCACAUCCUAUCACUAUCAAAGGAUUGUCUUGGAAUGACGCAGUUGGGGAACCUUUCACCUAGCACACACAACAGCAAAUGCACACACACCCACACACACACACAUACACAAACACAAAGCUUCCAAACACAGCAUGUUAAUAUAGAGGUUCUUAACUGAUAUGACAUUUUCCCUUCUGCUGUCAGCACUAGUCAGCGAUAUAGCAUGCCCCCAGCAUAACCGAGCUGUGGAGGACCCAAGGUUGUUCAUUCUCAACAGAAUGUGUUGAGUUCUGUCUCAGUGGACAAUGCUGCCUGACGCGGUGACACCUAGCCAAAGGAGUUAGGGAGGGAACUGUGGCUGCCAUGUUGUGGUUGGUAGAGAGAUGGGUGUACUGCCCUACCAGAGUCCAAGGGCAACAGCGUUAUCUCUACAAACGUGUGUGCAGACUGAGAAUCCAUGAUUCUGUGUGUGUGUGUGUGUGUGUUUGUUUCAGAGUAUACCCUUACCUGUGUCCUAGCAUGCUUUUGUGUGCAUGCUUAGGUGUCUAUGUGUUUGUAGUAUAAAGUGUGCAGCCCCGUCUCCAUGCGGUGUCCAUUUAUAAAGGGCUAAGACGUGAUGAACAAGCCAUGGAUGAACUGUCUAUACGUCACUGGAUUACAAUCAUGUUCCUGUCCAUCACCCCACACAGCCACCUGGAGUCUGUGACACAUCGAGGACAACAGGUGAUGGUCGUGUUGAGGGAUUUAAUAGCUGUCUCACCUAAAAUGUAUCAACAUUUGAGGGAACAGAUGAGGAGAAGGAGAAGGGUCAAAUUAACUAGGAGGGCAGGUAUUAGAUAAAAGGUCUGACAGUGAGCACUGCUGUGUUGACCUCUGUGUCUGAGCAAUCUAUGUCUCUGCUUUCCGGCAGCUGGCAAACCGAAAGCACAGUCCAAGAUAUUGUUCAUGAUGAGUCAUCAUAAUUCAAUUAUUUUUACGUGUGAGUUCUCAGAUAGAUGACGUUUUAUUGGAAAGUAAUUAUAUUAUCAAAUAAUACAGGGCAGCAUGUGUGUGUGUGCGUUUGUGUGUGUGUGUGUGUGUAUAUUAAGCCCAAUCUCCACUUGUAGGAGCUGCUUGAUUUCACCAUUUUGGUUGCCUUGAGUUCAUAAGGUCAAGGCAACCAGCUAGGGUGAAACACUCUUAGGAAAAAAUGAGGUCAGUUGAACUAUAGAGAGUUCUUUGUUUUCUCCCGAUAGUGGGAGACUUUUUGGAGCUGGGCAAAACUCUUUGAAUGAGGCUUUUACGUACAACUCUCAAAGAACCCCCCAAUAAUUGUCCUGCCUAGAACCCACAGUUAAAGUGGGUUGUGGUAGAAGUCUCCUUCUUCUGUAUUGGUCUGUUCAUCAAAUACCACAAGUUCUGCACAUAGGAACAUUGCUAAAAUACAUCCAAUGGCGUUAUCAAUCGAGGACAACUGCAGCUACACACAAAAGGACCUGUAUGACUGGUAUAACACCGGAGCCUACACACAAAACAUGACAACAUGCAUUUUUCAGUACACAUUGUGAUGUAUUAAAAAAAACUGUUCCCAUGUU